AUGUUCAGAGCACGGAACUUUAUUGACAAGGCAACCGAUCAUAGUGACUAUAGGGGUAGUUCAUCUUCUUCUUCUUUUUCUUCUUCUUCUUCUCCUUCUUCUCCUCCUCCUCCUCCUCCUUCUUCUUCUUCUUCUUCUUCUCCUCGUCGUAAUCCUCCUCCUCCUAAUCCUCCUCAUCCUUCUUCUUCUUCUCCUCCUCCUUCUUCUUCUUCUUGUAAUCCUUCUCCUUCUUCUUCUCCUCCUUCUCCUUCUUGUCGUAAUCCUCCUCCUUCUUCUUCUCCUCCUCCUACUCAUCCUCUUUCUUCUUCUUCUUCUCCUCCUCGUCGUAAUCCUCCUCCUCCUCCCCCUCCUUCUUCUUCUUCUUCUUGUCGUAAUCCUUCUUCUUCUUCUCCUCCUCCUCCUUCUUCUUCUUCUUCGCAUCCUAGCAAUACGUCCGAAAUUAUAUGUAAAUACAUCACUCUUGUCUACGAAAAUCAUCGAAGCAUUAAUCGAUUAUUGAAUACGGAAUUUGAAACUUUUACUUCUUUAUUCCACAUUCAUCUAAUCUCACUCAAAUCUCUCUCUUCCCCCUAUUUCUCUUUCUCUCUCUCUCAAAUCUCUCUCUUCCCUUAUUUCUCUUUCUCUCUCUCUCUCAAAUCUCUCUCUUCCCCCUAUUUCUCUUUCUCUCUCUCUCUCAAAUCUCUCUCUUCCCCCUAUUUCUCUUUCUCUCUCUCUCAAAUCUCUCUCUUCCCCCUAUUUCUCUUUCUCUCUCUCUCAAACCUCUCUCUUCCCCCUAUUUCUCUUUCUCUUUUCUCUAAUCUCUAUCUUCCCCUAUUUCUCUUUCUCUCUCUCUCUCAAAUCUCUCUCUUCCCCUAUUUUCUCUCUCUCAAAUCUCUCUCUUCCCCUAUUUCUCUUUCUCUCUCUCUCUCAAAUCUCUCUCUUCCCCUCUUUCUCUUUCUCUCUCUCAAACCUCUCUCUUCCCCUAUUUCUCUUUCUCUCUCUCAAAUCUCUCUUUCCCCUAUUUCUCUUUCUCUCUCUCUCUCAAAUCUCUCUCUUCCUCCUAUUUCUCUUUCUCUCUCUCUCUCAAAUCUCUCUCUUCCCCCUCUUUCUCUUUCUCUCUCUCUCUCUCUCUCUUCCUCUCAUACAUUUUCGUCUUUCUCUGCUUUCAUUCUCUCUGCUUACGCCAUUUUAACGCUCCUUCAUUUACUCCCUUCUUAA